AUGGGAGCCAGCAGCCGGCUGAGCCCCUGGACUGCCCACUGCCACAUCUCUCGCUCCUUCUGGGCCGGGCGGCCCUGCUGGUCGGUGGCUCCGAUGGUGGCUACCCAGCCGACCCCCUCCAGGGUGCUGCCCUUCGAGGCCAUUCCCCGCAGCGGCCACAACGCCUGGCUCAACCUCUACCACUUCUGGCGGACCAACAGCUUCCAAAACCUCCACUACAUCAUGCAAAAAAAUUUCCAACGCCUGGGACCCAUCUACAGGGAGACGGUGGGCACCCACGACAGCGUCAACGUGAUGCUUCCCCGGGACGCUGCCCAGCUCUUCCAGUCGGAGGGGAUCUACCCACGCCGGAUGGGCAUUGACGCCUGGAUCGCCCACCGUCUGCUGCGGAACCACAAAUGUGGUGUCUUCCUGAUGAAUGGGGAAGAGUGGCGGGCCGACCGGCUCAUCCUCAACAAGGAGGUGAUCAAUCCAGCCGGCACCCUCAAGUUCCUGCCCUUUCUCAACACCGUGGCGGAGGACUUUGUCGAUUUCAUGCACCGGCGGGUGAGAAAGAACACACGGCGCCUGCUCACCAUUGACCUUCGCCACGACCUCUUCCGCUUCACCUUGGAAGCCAGCAGCUACGCCUUGUACGGGGAGCGCCUGGGCCUGCUGGAGGAGAGCCCCAGCCCUGAGUCCCUUCACUUCAUCCAUGCCGUGGAGACGAUGCUGCGGACCACCCUGCCUCUGCUCUUCAUCCCGCCGGGCGUCAUGCGCUGGGCCAACCACAAGCUCUGGCAAGACCACAUGGACGCCUGGGACUCCAUCUUCAAGCACGCGGACAAAUGCAUACAGAACAUUUACCAGGAAUUCUGCCUCGGAAAGCCCCGCAAGUACUCCGGGAUCAUGGCCGAGCUGCUGCUGCACGCCGAAUUGCCCCUGGACUCCAUCAAGGCCAACAUGACGGAGUUCACGGCCGGCUCUGUUGACACAACAGCCAUGCCUCUGCUCUUCACCCUCUUCGAACUGGCCCGCAACCCACACGUCCAGACAGCAAUUCGGGAAGAGAUCAAGGCGGCCGAGGCCCACGGGCCCAAGGAGCUGUCCAAGCUUCUGAACUCCCUGCCCCUCCUCAAGGCAGCCAUCAAGGAGACCCUAAGGCUCUACCCUGUGGGCAUUACUGUCCAGCGCUACCCGACACAAGACAUGGUGAUCCAGAAUUACUGUGUGCCAGCCGGGACCCUGUGCCAGGUGGGGCUCUACGCGAUGGGCCGCAGCCCAGAAAUCUUCAGCGACCCCGAGCUCUACAGCCCCCAGCGCUGGCUCAGCAAGGGCGACCACAGCUUCAGAGCCCUGGGCUUUGGCUUCGGCGUACGGCAGUGCAUUGGCCGGCGCUUGGCCGAAGCAGAGAUGACGCUCUUCCUCUUCCAUCUCCUGCGGAACUUCAAGAUCGACACCGUUUCCAAGGCAGACAUUAAAACCGUUUUUGGCUUCAUCCUUAUGCCGGAGAAACCCCCGCUGCUCACCUUCAGGCCUGUUGACUAG